GCCGCAAGAAGUUCAAGGCAGCGGGACAGCCGGACGGAAAGGAGGCCGCCGCCGUUUUACUCGUGGCACUUCCUUCCUUGAUUGCCCACCCCGGCGGCCCGGCCUCCUCCACCUCCACCGCCGCAGCUGAAUGAUGGCCGAGCCUGCCGCCAAUCGCCCUCCGACGCCGGCGCCGGCCUCCGGUGGUAUGUCGAGGAAGCUCUCCAUAGUUCUGUUUGUGAUCCUGUCGGCGCUGCUGUACCAGCAGAUUCAGCCUCCGCCUCCGAAAAUCUGUGGCUCGCCGAAUGGCCCCCCGGUUACCGCACCAAGAACAAAGCUCAAAGACGGCAGGCAUUUGGCAUACAAGGAAUCCGGUGUCCCAAAGGAGGAGGCCAAGUACAAGAUCAUCUUUGUCCAUGGGUUUGACUCCUGCAGACACGAUGCCCUUCCAAUUUCCCCGGAGGUGGCACAAGACCUAGGCAUCUACCUUCUGUCUUUCGACCGGCCUGGGUAUGGUGAGAGCGAUCCGGACCCUGCCCGGAGUGAGAAGAGCAUCGCCCUCGACAUCGAGCAGCUUGCCGACAACCUGGAGCUUGGUCCUAAGUUUCACCUCAUUGGCUUCUCCAUGGGCGGCGAGAUCAUGUGGAGCUGCCUCAAGUACAUCCCACACAGGCUCUACGGCGUUGCUAUUCUCGCGCCGGUGGGCAACUACUGGUGGUCUGGCAUUCCGUCGAACGUGUCGCGGGACGCCUGGUACCAGCAGCUCCCGCAGGACCAAUGGGCUGUAUGGAUCUCCCAUCACCUGCCAUGGUUGACCUACUGGUGGAACACCCAGAAGCUCUUCCCUCCUUCCAGCGUCAUCACCUACAACCCUGCGAUCCUGUCUGAAGAAGACGCGAUGUUCAUGAAAAAGUUCGGCAUGCGACCCUACUUCGUAAGAUUUAGAACCUCGCUUAAAUCACUCACACAGUCACACCUGACAUAACUGAGCUGACUAAAAAGAACCCUGAUGCAACUGACUUCUCAUUUCUCUUCUCUGUUUGUGCAUCAUCGACCGAUCGUCUCGCAGCCAAUGAUAAGGCAGCAGGGGGAGUACAACAGCCUGCACCGGGACAUGAUGGUCGGGUUCGGGAAGUGGGACUGGAGUCCCCUUGACCUGAAGGACCCGUUCGCCGGCGGCGA